CAGUCAUUAGAUUAGUCAAGAUCUGACUGAUUCGCAUCCUGCUCCUCUCUUUCUUCAUGAUCCGUUCCUCGUCUUGGCUUUAGUUGACUUGCUCUUCCAUCGCCUCUCCACGAUUAGUUAGAGGAGGGAGGAGGAGGAAGCCAAGAUGUCUGAGGUGGUGGCGAUGGCGGGGCAGGCGUACAUGAAGCAGCUGCAGACCCACCCGCUGCGCACCAAGGCCAUCACCUCCGGCGUCCUGGCCGGCUGCAGCGACGCCGUCGCCCAGAAGAUCUCCCGGCGUCACCAAGCUCCAACUCAGAGGCUCCUCCUCAUCGCGCUAUAUGGAUUUGCAUAUGCGGGACCCUUUGGACAUUUCCUUCAUAAGCUCAUGGAUAGGUUUUUCAAGGGAAAGAAAGGAAAAGAAACGACAGCCAAGAAGGUCUUAGUAGAACAGCUGACUGCAUCUCCAUGGAAUAACAUGAUGUUUAUGAUGUAUUAUGGUCUGGUGGUUGAAGGGAGACCAUUUGGACAGGUAAAGAGCAAGGUGAAGAAGGAUUAUGCAUCUGUCCAACUGACAGCUUGGAAGUUCUGGCCAAUUGUAAGUUGGAUCAACUAUGAGUACAUGCCACUCCAGCUCCGAGUUCUUUUCCACAGCUUCGUCGCAUCCUGUUGGGCGGUGUUUUUGAAUCUCAAGGCAGCGAGAUCCAUCGCAAAUACUAAGAAGGCAUAAAGGCGGCUGUCAACGAAAUGUCAUGAUCUGAAUCGCCGUGUGAAGCAAAACCAUGUAUAUCAACUAGGCCGUAAUUUUCUUUUACGGAGGGAAAAGAAUCGAAUUGAAUUGUUUGCUGUGAGUAGUUUGUUAGUUCCUUUUCAUUUCGGAAAUUGUUGUUUGCUCUGGUCGAUGUCAGUGAUAUGUAUUUUAAGGAUAACAUUGUUUGUGCGCAAAAAAAAAAGACUGUUGUUUGUAUUUCAACCAUAUAUGUACUGCGCAUCAAAUAAUUGGGUUGUGCAAAACUCAGUUGGCCAGGAUAUUUUAUGUCAUAACCUACUAGUAUAUGGGUUUGAGUC